CUGCCGUGGUGGUGUGACUCAGCAGCUGCAACAACAACGGCACCGGGUCCCCGCCUGUCUCAUUCGUCUGCUCGGUUUCGCCUUGUCCGCGUCUACUUGUGUUUUGCGUUUGCCGCCGUUAAAGCGUGUUCUUCAACGUGUGUAUUUUAACAAUUGUACGUUUUUUUUUUCGUGAUAACGAAAUAAUAUUGUUGUGCGUUUACUCUUUUAUUUUUUAAAGAGAUUUUUGUUUUAAUUUACGACGUUCGUUUUUUAAACGAAAAACUUAAUUUAUUGUGUGAUCUUAUUGUUUGUUUUGUUUUAUUGUUAGUUUUUGUUUAUUAUAAUUUUUUUUUUUUUAAACAUUUUUCGCCGACGAAACGUUGCGAUUUUUCGAAUGCGGCCAACUCAAUUAAUAUUUUACAAUUAUCGAUUGCGUUACGUGUAUACACGAUACAAACCGGCCGAUAAACGGACACCAUACACCGCGACUAGACGCUCAAGUGUCGUGAAAUCGAGUGCGGCCGAUAAUUAAUGCGCGAAUACCGUCCGCCUCCACCUAUUACCAUCAAAGAAGGUAACAACUAUGUCGUCGAUGACCACGUGUUUUGUCGUAAGUUACGUGCCGCUCGUCGUUAGCGUUACGCUCGUGGCCAACACCGUGUUGGAAGUGGCCAGCCGGGGUGCAGCGGCUACCGCCGUGGCGGCUGCGAGUACGCAGCGUCGUCACGUGCUCGCCGAACUCAUGUCGCCCGUUGUCCUAGCGGCCGUCGCGUUAUUCUGGACAGUCCUGGGCGUUGCGUUUUACCGUUACGCUGAAUGUUGCGCCGCGCUGGUCACAGCUGAUAAACAGCAGCAGCAACAACCAACGCCUCCAGUCAAACCGAUACAACCACCGCAACCGUCCAUCAGGACCACAAUUAAACGUUCAAAAACUAAGCCGCCCAAAGACGACCACAUGGACACUGACGAUUCUGCAACGUCUAGUCCGCCUAGUAAAGUGUCCAAAAGAGCAAUGUCAAAGACGACCAAGCCUUCGCCGCCCCCGUCGCCGGAGAAGUGCAGGAGGUCAGCCGCGUCGGUCAAGACUAUGGUGAGCUCGCCGACCAACAGCUUAUAUGGUAGCAGCGACGACGACGACGACAAGAGCCGUAGUUCGGCUUUCAAUAGUGUUAAAGUACAGGCGGUUCAGUCAAAAAGGGCACACGUGCCCAAGGGUAUCGUUGUGAUGACCGAGAUCAAGCUGUCUCCGUCCAAAGGACAUGCGAUCACCCGCACCGAAAUACAAUUGUCAGCUCCACUCAAACAGGUGGACAACUCUACGGGAAAGGAUAAAAAGUCCGAAAACGAUAAGAAAACUUGCAAAAGAAUAGAGUAUGAGUCGGGUAAAAAACCUAACAAGGAAAACGUGGAGCCGUCAUGCAUGGACAAGGACGAUGACGAGUGUGCUUUGUUGGUGGCAAUGGGCGCCAAAAAGAGGAGCAAAAGAACCAGAAAACGCAGGUCCAAGUUCAAGCAGCUGCAAGAAACAACUAACAUGAUCGACUCGAACAGCGAUGGCAGCGGCACGGGCAGUACGACGUCGUCGUCGUCGUCAUCGUCCAUUGUGAUCAAAUCGAAUACGCACAAGGGAACGGCCAUAACCAUUCAGACGACCACUUUGACGACUACCACUACGAACGACGUCAACAAGUUCAAUGUCACCGACAGUUUUCGUAGCGAACGGUCGAACUUAAACAGCCUAUCCGAUCUGGACAUAUGGUUCAUGUUGAACAAGUAUAUGCUGCGAUUGAGCGAUUUGUACGGAUACGGUUUUCCGGUUAAUUCAACGAUGGCUGGUUAUGCAGUGUACUAUCGGCCUAACAUGAUGCGUUCAAAGAAACUCAAUCCGGUAGCCAAGGAAUUCAGUUUCGAAGCCCGAUCGGUUCAGCAGCAAAAGGGUCAGAAAAAGCGCCGGACGUCCGAAGUCGAUGUAGUUAGUAUUUCGGAACAACGACAGACAAAACAGACAGAAGUACAACAGUUCUCAUUCGACGAUCUCGUAUCUUGCGUCCGGUGCUCAUCGUUCUUCUCGGUAACCAACGAACGACGACAGUACUCGCUGACGAGUCGGUGUUUAUACCACUACGGAAAACUGAAGAUGGCCAACGACUCGUACGACUGCUGCAACGGUGGUCCGACGUCGCACGGCUGUACGGAGGCGCCCUGUCAUGUGUGGAACGGGUAUGCCGAAGGACACAACGGACCUAAACCCGGGUUUGUGGAUACUUACGAGGACCGCACCGGUAUCAAAGUCGUGUACGGCAUGGACUGCGAGAUGUGCUACACACAGUCAGGUUUGGAGGUAACUAAAGUCACAUUAGUCGAUAUUUACGGGUUCGUAGUGUACGACACUCUGGUGAGGCCGGCCAAUCCAAUAGUCGACUACAAUAGUCGGUAUAGUGGCAUUACGGCCAACGACUUUGCGACCAAACCGUCCAAAAGUUUAGAGCAAGUACAAAAAGACCUAUUGCGGUACAUAAAACGAGACACUAUACUAGUUGGCCACGGACUGGGCAGUGACCUUCUCGUACUGAGAAUUGUCCAUUCGCGGGUAGUGGACACGUCAGUGCUGUUUCCACAUCCGCUAGGCGAGCCGUACAAAAUGUCACUGAAAUCUCUAGCGGCCAGAUUGUUGAAACGGGAAAUCCAGCAGGCGUACGGACAUGACAGUAAGGAAGAUGCCCAAGCAGCCGUUGACCUGGCCCUGUACAAACUCCGAAGAGAUUUGGAAGCAGUGUCGUCGGUGGGCCAUCGUUCCCACGAAAGUUCUCAUAGACAUCAUCACCAUCGUCACCACAACCAUGGCAACCAUCACCGGCAUCACCAAGACAACACCAACGCUAGCGUAUGGAAUGAAACAGCAAUAACAGUGAACGCCGCUUCGGCUUAGGUAUCUUCUCCUACCCGCCGCCCCUCCUUUUGUUGUUGUUCCUAUUUAUGUGUAUAUAUACAUUUUUUCCUAUUUUAAAAUGAAAGAUAAGAAAAAAAACAUUUUAUACGACUUAUUUUUCACUCACUUGACAUUGUGAUAAAAUUGAUCGGUUUCACUCACUAAUAAUGUGCUUGUGCGUGGACCAACCGAUCUGAUGACUGAAUUAUUUGUCAACCCUCCCAGCUUUUUGUACUAAAUUAAUAUAUUGUACAAAAUUAAUGGUAAA